CGCAGAUCAGAGUAUCAAAUGGUGGGCUGUUUUCAGCAACAAUGAAUGUUGCCUUCCUCUUCUCGGUCUCCUCAUCUGGGCCGAUACCCAGUCGAGUGUGAUCUUCCUUUGCGACAUGAGUUUGUAUCCGCGAAUCAUGACAGAGUUGCGUGUUCCUGGUCGCUCUCUGCAAUUGCUCUUAUCUUGCCCUCUCUCACGUCGUGCUGGCCUAGAAUCAUGUGGCUACCUAAUGUAGUUGCCGUCGCUACAGGUGUCGAUCUUAUUCCUCAGAGGCACGUACUGGAAUCCCUCUGAUGUCUCGCUGCAGUUCGUCUCGACGAUGGUGAUUAAGUCUCAGGUGAAGUCGGAGAUCAGUAACUC